UUCGCGGGUUUCCAUAAACCAACUGAACUGAAAAACCUCCCACUCAUAAACCCUAGAAACCUUCUCUCUCUCUCUCUCUCUCUCUCUCUCUUUCAUAUGCAAGGCACAGACAUGCGAUCAUUACGAACACUAUACACCCAAAAACACCUCCUCGAUCUCAAUCGCCGCAAGCUCACCUCACUCAUUUCUCUAGUCUCAUGUAAAUCCUCCCAAAACCGUAGAUGCUCCCGCCAUUUUCAGUACACGACUCAAAGAACCAUCCACUUCUCCAACCAUCGAUUCACCAAAGAAUCCAUGGCCGUCGACGGCCCAAAUAGCUGGUCCACCGCUUCAUCUUCCAAUCAUCCUGCUUCGAACAACAGGAUAACUCCUAGUGUUUCCACUAUUUAUGAUCCUCUCGCCGGUUGUAUGGUCACAGGAAAAGGAUUUAAUCCCAAUAAUCAAGAGCAAGAGUCCGAAUCGAGCAACGGAAACGAAAAUCAAUCGACUUUGCCCGGUUUUAGUUUUGAAGGUGGAUUGGAAGAUAGGGUUUAUGGGAGUGUGAAGAAGGAGAAUUUGGGAAGUGGGACCGGGAAAAGUAUGGGAGUUGAGGAAUUUGUGAGGAAUAAUAGGAAGAAGGGCAAGAUUAAGACCAGUUGGGUGUGUUGCAAAUGCGGGUAUUCCGAUGGGCAGUGGUGGGGAAUUUGUAAGGCCUGUGAUAGCGUGGGAACGAUGACACAUUUUUCGGAGGGUAGUGUGAAUGUUGGGAGAAAUAGACGUGGGUUUGAGGUUUCGGAGAACGUGGUUCGCGCAUGGUUGCCUCAGCACUCAGCUGAGGCAGUGCCAUUGAGGUUGAGGGAUGUUAAUCGGGGGAUCAAUCAGUUGGAUUGGCGUAUCCCUUUGUAUGGACUAUUUGGAGCUGAAGUUGCAAGGGUGCUUGGUGGCGGUCUUGUACCUGGUUGUUUGGUUUUGGUUGGUGGUGAUCCUGGUGUUGGCAAAAGUACACUGUUGUUGCAGAUUGCUGCACUAAUAGCAGAAGGACAUAAUGUGGGUGAACAAGCUCCAGUUGUUUAUGUCUCUGGUGAAGAGAGUGUUGAGCAAAUUGGAAACAGAGCUGACCGUACGAGAAUUGUCACGGAGGAACUUUACUUAUAUUCAAGUACAGAUAUUGAGGACAUUCUAAAAAAAGCUCAGCCGCUGUCCCCUCGGGCUUUAAUUGUUGAUUCCAUUCAGACAGUUUAUUUGAGAGGAGUGACAGGAAGUGCUGGAGGUCUCUCACAGGUGAAAGAAUGUACAUCAGCCUUGCUGCGCUUUGCUAAGAAGACAAACAUCCCUGUUUUUUUGAUUGGGCAUGUGACUAAGUCUGGAGACAUAGCGGGACCUCGUGUCUUGGAGCAUAUUGUCGAUGUCGUUUUAUAUAUGGAAGGGGAGAAGUCCUCAUCUCAUCGCUUACUUCGGUCCGUGAAGAAUCGUUUUGGGUCCACUGAUGAGCUUGGAGUUUUCGCAAUGUCGCAAUCAGGAUUGCAAGCUGUUUCGAACCCCAGUGAGAUGUUCUUGAGUGAGCAGCACUCUGAUUCAGAAUUUUUGGCAGGAAUAGCAGUUGCUGUAAUUAUGGAUGGAUCUCGAACUUUUGUUAUUGAAAUUCAGGCAUUAUGUGUAGCUGGCUCAUCCAGUUCAAGGCAAGUAAAUGGGGUUCAAGCGAGCAGAGCUGAUAUGAUUAUUUCAGUUCUUAUGAAGCAAGCUGGUCUAAAGCUUCAAGAAAAUGGCAUCUAUUUGAAUGUUGUUAGUGGGGUUUCUCUGAUUGAGACUGCUGGGGAUCUUGCAAUAGCAGCCGCAAUUUGCAGCAGUUUCUUAGAAUUUCCUAUUCCCAGUGGUGUAGCAUUCAUUGGAGAAAUUGGCCUUGGUGGUGAGCUUCGUGGGGUUCCAAGAAUGGAGAAAAGGGUAAAUACAGUAGCAAAACUGGGAUAUAAAAAGUGUAUUGUCCCCAAAUCAGCUGAAAAGUCUAUGUUAGCUCUAGGUCUUGAGGAGAUUAUGAUCUUGGGCUGCAAGAAUUUGAAGGAGGUGAUCCAUACUGUAUUUACAGAGGGUCGAGGACCUUGAGGUGUAGCUAGAGAUUGUAUUCUCUUCAUAGCAUCUAUGAUACAAUGUACAUCUUUUUGUGUAUAGGUUUGAUAAAUCUUUUUGUCUGAAGGAUACAAUGUUUUGAUACACCGUUCCUUCAGAUACAGGUUAUCUUUUUGUGUAUAGUUUUGAUACAAUGUUAAACAAUGUUGGUUUUUAGCAAUUAUAUCAUGUUUCCUAUCAUAGUAUCUAUGUGAUACUUCGAUAUUUGGUGUUUUGUCAAUGGGAGAAGCAAUCGAUGACUUGUGGUUGCUAAAAGCAUGAAUA